AUGCAGCGUGCCGCUUAUCUGCUGCUGCGAGAGCAGCAGCAGCAGCAGCAGCAGCAGCAACAGCAGCAGCAGCAACAGCAACAACACCGACAACAGCAGCAAGAACAACAACAACAACAGCAGCAGCAGCAGCAGCAGCAGCAACAGCUGCAGCAGCAACAGCUGCAGCAACAACAGCAGCAACAACAACAGCAGCAACAGCAAGAACAGCUGCAGCAACAGAAACAGCAGCAACAGCAACAACAGCAGCAACAGCAAGAACAGCUGCAGCAACAGAAACAGCAGCAACAGCAGCAGCAGCAGCAACAACAGUUGCUGCUGCUGCUGUUUCUUCUCUUCUUACUAUCCAAGUGUUUCUCUCCCCCCAAAAGAAGAGCAGCGAAGCAAUGCCAGCAUCAGCAGCAGCAGCAGCAGCAGCAGCGGCAGCAGCAGAACCUGCUGCUUCUGCUGCUGCAGCAGCAGCAGCAGCAGCAGCAGGGGAUGAAUCAACGGCUGAUAAAGAGAAGCAACAAGCUGCUGUUGAGAUACUCGAUCCCUUCGCCCCCCAAACCAGCAGCAGCAACAGCAGCAGCAGCAGCAACAGCAGCAGCAGCAGCAGCAGCAGCAGCAGCAGCAGUUGUGUGUGAGACACAGCAGCAGCAGCAGCAGCAGCAGCAGCAGCAGCAACAGCAGCAGCAGCAGCAGCAGCAGCAGCAGCAGCAAACAGAUGUGUCUCCGUUUGCUUCUUCUAUCAACACCUUUUGUUGUCCUUAUGGAUUUUCUAUUGGGGCCGACGGUGUCUGUGACAUCUUCCCCCUCCCUCUGCAGCAGCAGCAGCAGCAGCAGCAGCAGCAGGAGCAACAGCAGCAGCAGCAGCAGCAGCAGCAAGAGCAGCAUCACCAAGAAGGACAGCAGCAGCACGCAGCAGCAGCAGCAGCAGCAGCAGCAGCAGCAGGAGCAGCAGCAGCAGCAGCAGCAGCAGCAGCAGAGCGUUCCAGCAUUGGAAACAAACCCUUGUCUCCUACUCAACCAGCAGCAGCAGCAGCAGCAGCAGCAGCAGCAGCAGCAACAGCAGCAGCAGCAGCAGCAAUGACAGGAACGGUGACAGCGCGAGCGGCAGCACCGACAGCAGCAGUAACAGCAGCAACAGCAGCAGCAACAGCAGCAGCAGCAGCAGCAGCAACAGCAGCAGCAGCAACAGCAGCAGCAGCAGCAGUAUUGUGGCUGUGUCUGCCGGCUGCAGGUGCUGCUGCUUCCGCUGCUGCUGCUUGCUGCUGCCGCCAGCUGUCCUUGAGGCUGUUACCCGCGACGGCCUGCGUCUCCCCCCCCAGUCCACCAGCAGCAGCAGCAGCAGCAGCAGCAGCAGCAGCAGCAGCAGCAGCAGCAGCAGCAGCAGCAGCAGCAGCAAGAGGGGGGAUGGAUUUGCGUUCUCCUGACCCCUCUGUAGGGGACAGCCCCUGGCUGUCUGAGCUGUCUCCUUCUGUCUCCUCCGCAUGCAGCCCCACCCCCGCCUCACCGCAGCACGAGCCUCUCCCCCCCCCAGCAGCAGCAGCAGCAGCAGCAGCAGCAACAGCAGCAGCAGUAGCAGCAGCAGCAGGGGAAAUUACAGCUCUCCCGCCUGCAGCAGAUGCAACAGAUCUACCACCUGCAGCAGCAGAUGCAGCAGCAGCAGCAGCAACAGCAACAGCAGGUGCUGCUGCUGCAGCAACAGAGCCGCCAGCAGCAGCAACAGCAGCAGCAGCAGCAGCAGGAUCCUCUUCUGCCGCUGUAAAGAAACAACCAUCAUCAUCAUCAUCAUCAUCAUCAGCAACAACAACAACAACAGCAGCAGCAGCAGCAGCAGCAGCAGCAGCAGAUGCAUUAGUAUAUGAGUUGCUGCAGUGUCUGUCUGCAUGCAUGCCCUUUGUUGGGGGCCGGCUGACGCCGCUGCUGCGGAGCAGCAGCCUGGACGAUGCUGCGUGGAUAGCAGCAGCAGCAGCAGCAAACAACGCAGCAGCUUUUGCUGCUUCUUCUUCUGCUUCUCCCCGCAGCCUUCUUUCCUUUGCUUGUACGCAGCCAUGGGAGCUGCAGCAGCAGCUGCAGCAGCAGCAGCAGCAGCAGCAGCAGCAGCAGCAGCAGGAGUUGCUGCUGCUGCCGCCACUCUAUGCAGCAGACGUGUAUGUACAGCGCAACGAAGACAGAGAAGACAGCUGCAGGCUGCUGCGGCUGCUGCCAUGGGGCUGGCGGACUUCUCCUUUGCUGUUUUCUUACGAGGAGCUGCAUGCACUCGCUCUCAAGAGGAGCUGCAUGCACUCGCUCUCAAGAGCUGCAGCUGCAGCAGCUGCAGCAGCAGCAGCAGGCAGCAGCAGCAUUAGCAGCAGCAGCAUUAGCAGCAGCAGCAUUAGCAAAGCAGCAGCAGCAUUAGCAACAGCAGCAGCAGCAGCAACAGCAAUCCAAAUAGAGCAGCAGCAGCAACGCGAGCAGCAGCAGAAGCAGCAGCAGCAGAAGCAACAGGUGCUGCAGCAGUUUGCUGCUGCGGUUUAUUAA